GCGAGGCGGCCACUCUCCCCCCUCGCCAGUGAGACAGGAGAGGGACAAGGGAGCAGCCCCCGGCGGCCAGCAGCACCGCCGCCGCCGUGCGACCGCUUCGCUAGGCGGGGCAGGGGGCCGGCGCGGCGCAGGCCCGGCGGCCGCAGGAAGGGGGAGGGAAGGCGGCGGCGGCUGCCGCCAUCAUGCGCGCGCCGGCGGGGCUGGUGCGGCUGCUAGCGGCGGGGGGGCGGGGGUGGUCGCUGCGGCGCUGCCUCGGCGCCAUGGCCCGCUACGGCACGGAGCAGCGGGGGCGGCCCAACUCUCCCGAUUACCGCCUCUACUUUAAGAAUGCAGAUGGUAAAUAUAUUUCCCCAUUUCAUGACAUUCCACUGUUUGCUGGAUCUAAAGAGGACAAAGAGAUUCCUGCAAAGAGGCCAAAGACUACUGGAACUGAGGUCCUGUUUAAUAUGAUUGUAGAAGUGCCUCGUUGGACAAAUGCAAAAAUGGAGAUUGCCACUGAGGAGCCGUUGAAUCCCAUUAAACAAGAUAUAAAGAAAGGCAAGCUUCGAUAUGUGGCAAAUAUCUUUCCUCACAAGGGUUAUAUAUGGAAUUAUGGUGCCCUCCCACAGACCUGGGAAGAUCCAAACCAUACAGACAACAAUACAGGAUGUUGUGGGGAUAACGAUCCUAUUGAUGUUUGUGAAAUAGGUUCAAAGAUUCGUUCUUCUGGUGAGAUUGUUCAGGUGAAGGUCUUGGGUGUUCUAGCUCUUGUUGAUGAAGGAGAGACAGAUUGGAAGAUAAUUGCUAUCGGUGUGGAUGACCCAGAAGCUCAGAAAAUCCAUGAUAUUGAUGAUGUCAAGAAGCACAAACCAGGUUACCUUGAGGCUACGGUUGACUGGUUCCGAUUAUAUAAAGUCCCUGAUGGAAAACCAGAAAAUCACUUUGCUUUUAAUGGAGAAUUUAAAGACAAGGAUUUUGCUGUUGAAAUUAUUAAAUCCACCCAUGAAUACUGGAAAGCUUUGCUUCAUAAAAAAGCUGAUGGAGGUACUAUUAAGUGCACAAAUGUUCUAGUGAGUGGCAGCCCAUUUUGUUGCAGUGAGGAGGAUGCCCGAUCGAUUGUGCAGUCGGCACCAGUGCCCAUGAAUGGAGAUUCUGUUUCCCCAGAUGUUGAUUCCUGGUACUUUUUUCCCAAGUGAUCGUCAAAGUGUUCUGAAGCUGCAUCAUCAAAUCUUAAAGUCAUCCUUUUUUUGAAGACAGGCAAAAGCACUAAUUGUUGGGUUCCUGUUGAAGCAACUUUUCAACUUGUGUAAACUUUCUCUCAUGUAAAUAAACAGUGACAUUAUAAAACGAA